ACACGUGAAACGGACCACUAAAAGGCGGAAUCCUGUGUGGGUAUAACACGUAUGAGCCCCGCCCACCCGGUGCAGCAACACAGGAGUAAAAAUAACGAACCCACCGAUAGUUCCCUGGAAUUCAACUGGUUGGUUCCGGACGCUGCGGGUGUUUUCGACCCGAGAGACAGCUUCAACUCAACUACCGUUUGAUCUUUGAUAACACGUUGGACGUCAGCCAUUCAGAAAAAAUCCCUCAGGAUUUUAACAUUUUAUCGACUCUCCUUUCCCGUCCUGGAGGCACUAUACACCGCACACUGCUUACAGCCGGGUGCUAGCCACAGCACCGCUCCGCCAGACAUGCUAGCACCCAACUAGCACCCUCGCCGACUGGACCUCCCGCUGCCUCCGGGCCAACGUCUGCAGCAAUGGACGAGUCCGGCAUCAAGAAGCAGAACUGGGACGUGAAGGAGACGGAGUUGUUUCUGGACAUCCUCAAGGAGCUGGACAUGAAGAAGUGCUUGGACGGGCGGAAAGUGAGGAACAACAAGCUCUUCAAGGUGGCUCACCGGAGGAUGACGGCGGCCGGUUACCACAGGUCUGUGGACCAGCUGAAGUUUCGCUGGAAACUCCUCAAAAGUGCGUAUUACAAGUGCAAAAGAGAGCCCGACUCUCCGGCGCCGACCAAGAUACAGGGCUGGUGGCGGUACGAAAAGACGAUGGUGGCCAUCAUGGAGUCCAGGCACCCGCAGCUGGUCGGAGCCGGAGUGAACUCCGACAGGACCGACGACGUGAUGGAAGACUCGGACGGAGACGCGUCCGUGCUGCGCUGGCCGCAGCCCGGCCCGGACAAUGCCGCCCAGAACCUGGGCUUAAUUAUCAAAAUGGACCCUGAGAUGGACUCGCAGCUGAAGAUUGGUUUCAUUGGUGCAGGGAACAUGGCCUUCGGCAUUGCAAAGGGCAUCUUGGCAGGAAAUGUUCUUCCUGUAAACGUCAGAGUGAGCGCACCAUCCUCCAGGAACCUUGGCCGCUUUCAGGAGCUCGGGAUUGCAGUCACUCACUCUAACGUAGAGGUGGUCUCUGGGUCAGACGUGGUCUUUGUCGCAGUCAAACCUCACCUGGUUUCACCAGUCCUAAAUGAGAUCUCCCUACACGUCACUGACCGACACAUUAUUGUGUCUGUGGCAGCAGGAGUAACACUGACAACAUUGGAAGAGCUCCUGCCAGAGAAUUCGGUUGUCAUCAGGCUCAUGCCAAAUCUCCCAUGUAUGGUUCAGGAAGGGGCUCUUCUGUUUUCGAGGGGAACCCAUGCGAAGCAGGAAGACGGAGCUCUGCUUCACUCUUUGUUGCACCGCUGUGGUUUGGUGGAGGAGGGACCCGAGGCCUGGAUCGACAUUCACACUGGACUGAGCGGGAGCGGAGUAGCGUUUGUGUAUCUGUUUGCUGAAGCGCUGGCAGACGGAGCUGUUAAAAUGGGAAUGCCAAGUGCUCUGGCACACAGCAUCGCAUCCCAAACUGUUCUGGGCGCUGGGAGAUUGCUACGCGAGUCGGAGAAGCAUCCAGCACAGCUCCGCUCUGAGGUCUGCACCCCAGGUGGAACAACCAUCUACGGGCUUCACACCCUGGAACAGGGCGGCGUGAGAGCAGCCACCAUGAGCGCCGUGGAAUCGGCCACCGUGAGAGCGAGGGAGCUCGGUCAAAAGUCGGCAGCAGCAUCCAGGAAAUGACAGCUGCUGUUUGCCUUUAUAAAUACUUAAUGGACUUAAUUCAAGCCUUACAACAAAAAGCUGACUUUUUGUCUCAAGGUCACCAUGGAACACAAAGACAAUGCAGGACUUGUCCCUUCUUUUUUCCUUCUUCACUUUCUCCACUUGAAAUGUUGGCUCUUUGACACGGAAAAGUAAAUUAUUUGAACAUGACCCUUUGAUUUCUUUUGAGAGAAUUGCUACUUUUACAUACACAUCAAUAAUCCAAUAUGUAAUGCAAGUAAGGUGUGACUAAACAAUUGGAUGCAUAGUACUCGUUUACAUUAUUUUUUUUAAGCCACAUUUAUUGAAGGCCAUGUUAUCUUAUUAGUAUGGAGAGUAAUGCGAGAGGCUUGUCAACUUCAUCAGUCAUUAAUGAAAUUAUACUCUCUACCAAAACUUUUCUCGUCAUGCCUUACUUGCCAUGAUUGGAUUAGUAUGUGCAUGCAGAAUGAGUGGAUGUAUUUAAUUAUGAGACAAUAGUAUGUAAAAUCGGUCAAAUGAAGCGUACAGUAAACCAACAUUUUGGAUGAGGAUUGUCCCACUUGUGGUUCAAUUCUAGUUGUUGGCUGUGUAUAACACAAUGUUGAGAACAAUGGUCAUGAUGCGUAAUUCCAAGUGUGUUCAAUGGGUUUUUCAUAAAGUGUCCUGUGAAAAAUC